AUGGCGUCGUUCUCCCAGCUCGCCUCCUCUCCCGAAGAGCCGGACUUUGAGCGUCGAUUCCUGCGGUACCGCGGGGAGGAUACCUCCCCCACAGGCCGUCGCGAGAUUUGGGGAUGGUAUGCCUACGGAGUCGCUGCCGAGGUGUUUGCCGUAUGCGGUGUCGGCUCGUUCCUCCCCCUCACCCUAGAGCAACUGGCCCGCGAGCAGGGGUUCUUGUCUUCCAGUCAUCUGCCAUGUGUCGGUCCAGAUGCGCCUCCCGCUGCCGGUAACGGAACCGCGCCGGCCAACGAGGCCUGUGUUGUCCCGUUGAUGGGCUUGGAGAUCAACACGGCGAGUUUUGCUAUGUACACCUUCUCGCUUGCCGUGCUCAUCCAGGCCUUGACCCUCGUGUCCUUUAGUGCUCUUGCGGAUUAUGAAAAUAACCGAAAGGCCCUAUUACUGGCAUUCGGCUUUAUCGGAUCCGCAACGUCCAUGCUCUUCAUGCUCAUCGUUCCGCCAGUCUUCGUACUCGGAGCGCUCCUGGUUGUGAUCGGGGUCACCUGCCUCGGCUCCUCUUUUGUUGUCCUGAACUCAUUCCUGCCUAUCCUCGUCGCAAAUGAUCCCUCGGUACAAAGAGCCUCGAACAAGAAUAAGGACGACCUUCAUGACCUCCAUACGGAAGGAGACGAAUUCUCGCUGCGGUCUUGGACGGACGAAGAAGAUACCGGUGAUCAUGCCGGCCCGGCGGGCUCAAAGAAGGCUGUUGAGCCCGAAAAGGCGUCCAGCUCUACGUCGCCCGAACUGCAGCUCUCUACUCGCAUCUCGUCACGGGGUGUGGGCUUGGGUUACUGUGCAGCUGUCCUUGUGCAGAUUCUAAGCAUAUUGUUGCUGUUCACGCUGUCGAAGACGUCCAUGGGCAAAUCCCACCCAACUCUGCCGCUGCGGUUUGUUUUGCUUCUAGUAGGUAUAUGGUGGGCUGCCUUCACUGUCGUCUGCAGCCGGUGGUUACGAAGCCGUCCUGGCCCUCCGUUAGAGGGUGUCACCCCUGGCGCUGGGUAUCGUCAGAAAUGGCGUGUCUGGCUACGCGUUGUUGGUUUUGCGUGGAAGUCUCUCUGGAAUACCAUUAAGGUUGCACUGCGAUUGCGUGAAGUUGUGGUAUUCUUGGCCGCGUGGUUUCUGAUUUCCGACGCCAUAGCGACAGUGUCUGGAACUGCGAUUCUUUUUGCGCGGACAGAACUGCAUCUGAGUACCGUCUCUGUUGGUCUCUUGUCUAUCACGGCGACAAUGUCUGGAAUGGCGGGCGCGUUCCUGUGGCCGAUCGUAGCCCGUCGGUUUGCGCUGGCGUCCAACCAUACUAUUCUUUUAUGCAUAGCACUGUUUGAGAUCAUCCCCUUGUACGGGAUGCUGGCUUACAUCCCCUUUAUUCGAAACUGGGGUGUGUUGGGGCUACAGAAGCCAUGGGAGAUUUUCCCUUUGGGCAUUGUUCAUGGGGUUGUCUCUGGAGGAUUGGCAUCGUACUGUCGCUCUUUGUUCGGCGAGCUUAUCCCGCCAGGCAGCGAGGCUGCGUUUUACGCGCUCUACGCGGCCACCGACAAAGGAAGCUCAUUCGUGGGUCCGGCUAUAGUCGGCGCCCUGAUCGAUGCGACCGGGUCUGUCCGGUCCGGAUUCAUUUUCAUUGGCGUCUUGAUCCUACUACCGAUGCCGCUAGUGUGGUUGGUGAAUGCAGAGCGAGGGCGCCAGGAUGCAAUAGCCAUGGUGAAACAUGCGCCUAAUAGUGAAGAGGGGGAGGGGCUGCUGCGCUAA